GGUUGUUCACUUGUUGUGAAUCCUCACGUGUCAAACUAGGGCUUCGUCUCGUGUGAGCACCCCUUGCAAGAGUCUCGGGCCAACCCCUGCUCAGUGCUUUAAGCACCGUGGCUCGAUUCGUUUGUCACGAAUGUUUCUUAAUUAAAUUGCGAAACAUUAGUAGCAGCAUCAGUUUGAAAUCCUGUCCUGGUGAUCAGAUCAGCCGCCAACCAUGACGAAAAAGUAUGAAUUUAAUUGGCGCAUCCCAGUGCCAGAUUUUCUUCAGCAGGGAUGUGUCUUCGACCGAUGGACUGAGGAAAAAGAAUCGUACGAUUAUGAACAGCAGUGUACAUUCAAAGUUGACGACUAUGGCUUCUUCGUCUACUGGAAAAGCCCGAACAAGGGAGGUGAUGUACAAGAAUUAGCUCAAGUUUGUGAUAUCCGUUACGGUGGUUUGCCUACUCAACCAAAACUGCUGAACACCUUAAUUAAAAAUCACGGAGAAAAGGUCGAAGAAAAAAGUUUGACCAUCUGCAGCGGUGCCGAUUACGUCAAUAUCAACUACCUUCACGUUGUUUGUCCCGAUGCAGAGACAGCCAAAAAAUGGCAACAAGGUUUGCGAGACAUCACACACAACAAUAAGGCUUGCAAUGUGUGUCCCCGUAUCAGCUUGAUGAAACAUUGGAUGAGACUCCGCUUCUUGGUGGACUCCAAAGGUCAGAUGCCUGUUAAGGUUGUCAUUAAAACAUUUGCCUCUGGAAAAACUGAGAAGGUUGUAUUGACUUGUUUGCAAGAAUUAGGACUUCCAAGCGGCAAGGGCGAUUCCAUGGACAUCGAAGCCUUUACUUUUGAAAAGUUCUACUCUCUAUACCACAAGAUUUGUCCUCGAAAUGACAUUGACGAGCUCUUCCAAAUGAUGACCAGGGGUAAAGAUCAUAUUACGUUGCAGCAGCUGGUGACAUUCAUGAACGAAAAGCAGCGUGAUCCUCGCCUUAACGAAAUUUUGUACCCCUUGUACAGCGAGAAGAGAUGUACCGAAAUCAUAAAUGAUUAUGAAAUCAACGAAGAGUUCAAGAAAGAAUUAAAAAUGAGCAAGGAAGGUAUGAUCAACUAUCUGAUGAGUGACGAAAAUGCGCCAGUGUUCUUGGAUCGACUCGAAGUGUAUAUGGACAUGGACCAGCCACUAGCUCACUACUACAUCAACUCUUCUCACAACACUUAUCUCUCUGGUCGUCAAUUUGGUGGCAAAAGUACGGCUGAAAUGUAUCGGCAGACUUUGUUAGCUGGGUGUCGCUGUGUGGAACUCGAUUGUUGGGAUGGAAAGGGCGAAGACGAAGAGCCGAUUAUCACUCACGGAAAAGCCAUGUGUACCGACAUCCUUUACAAAGAAGCGAUUAUGGCAAUUCGUGACUGCGCCUUUGUGACAUCUGAUUACCCCAUCGUUCUGUCUUUUGAAAAUCACUGCUGCAAGAGCCAGCAAUACAAAAUGGCCAAAUAUUGCGAUGACAUGUUUGGGGAUCUUCUUCUUAAAGAGCCUCUGCCAGGCUACCCACUUGAGCCUGGUGCGCCCCUGCCUCCUCCAAGUGCGCUGAAGCGCAAAAUUCUAAUUAAAAACAAGCGGAUGAAGCCAGACGUUGAAAAGGCUGAGAUGGAACUUUUCUUGAAGGGCCAGUUGGUGCUCGACAAUGAAGAAAAGGAAGACGCUUCAGCCGUAGCCCCUCCGAAGGAUCAAAUGCCCGAUCCAAACGAGCCUGGCCCUGAUGGGGCACCAGCCGAGGGUGCAGCUGAGGGCGCUGGUGACGGCACACCCGUGCCAGCUCACACAGGAUCAACCACUAAUGUACAUCCCUGGCUUUCCUCAAUGAUCAACUAUGCUCAGCCUAUUAAGUUCCAGGGAUUUGAUGCAGCAAUCAAGAAAAAUAUCCAUCACAACAUGUCUUCAUUUGCUGAAAACGCUGGUAUGAAUUACAUCAAGUCAAACGGUAUUGACUUUGUCAACUACAACAAGCGCCAGAUGAGCCGAAUUUACCCCAAGGGUGCUCGAGUCGAUUCCUCCAACUACAUGCCUCAAGUCUUUUGGAAUGCUGGAUGUCAAAUGGUGUCCCUGAAUUACCAAACACCCGACUUGCCCAUGCAGUUGAACCAGGGUAAAUUUGAGUAUAACGGCAAUUGCGGCUACUUGCUGAAACCAGAGUUCAUGCGUCGAGUGGACAGGAGUUUUGAUCCCUUUGCUGAAACCUCUGUGGACGGUGUGAUUGCUGCUCAGUGCUCGGUCCAGGUUAUUGCAGGCCAGUUCUUGUCGGACAAGAAAGUGGGGACCUAUGUUGAAGUGGACAUGUACGGUUUGCCUGCUGAUACAAUCAGGAAAGAGUUCAGGACAAGACUUGUUCCUGCCAACGGUCUGAAUCCCGUUUACAACGAAGAUCCUUUCUCGUUCCGAAAAAUUGUAAUGCCUGACUUGGCCGUGCUGCGUUUUGGUGUGUUUGACGAAAGCGGCAAGCUUCUUGGACAGCGUAUUUUGCCUCUUGAUGGUCUCCAAGCUGGAUACAGACAUAUUUCUCUAAGAACUGAAGGAAACUUUCCUAUGGCCUUGCCUAUGCUUUUUGCUAACAUCGAGCUAAAGAUCUAUGUUCCUGAUGGUCUUGGAGAUUUUAUGGCUGCUUUGUCCGAUCCAAAGGCUUUCGCCAAAGCUCAGGAACAGAGAGAAGAGCAGAUGAAGCAAAUGGGAAUUCAAGAUACCAAAGCUGAGAGCAAAGCAGCUGAGGCUGAGAAGAAAAAAGCGUUGGAGAUCAAGUUUGAGGAUAUCACUGUUGAAAGUUUGCGCACGGAAAAGGGCUUUGCCAAGGUCGGUAAGAAACAGCAGAAGGAACUUGAGACCAUGCGCAAGAAGCAUUUGAAAGAGCGACAGACUUUCCAGAAAAACCACACCACCGCUACCGAGAAACUUGGCAAAGGCAGAAAGCCUGACGAAAUUAUGAAAGAUGCCAGCGUCAUUAAGGUUGUUAAAGAACAGACAACCCAAUGGUCAGAAAUGGUAGAGAGGCAGCUGAAGGAAGAGUGGACAAUGUUGAAAGCUCACUUGAAGGACAGCGAGGACCUGCUCAAAUCGUUGAUGACUGCCGCUCAGGCUACUCAGGUCAAGCAAUUGGAAGUCAGACUUGACAAGGAUGAGAAAGACUUGAUUGCAUCUCAGUCAAAAGUUAGUGUAGAGACAGCAAAAGAGGUUGCAGCCGAUAAAACGUUGAAGACAAAGAAUGACAAGGAUCGUCGUCUCAAGGAAAAGCAGCAAACUAAUACAAAGCGCUUUUUGGAGGAGCGAAAACAGGCCAAGAUUAGGGCUGCCAAGGAAAAGGAAAAGUUGACUAAGAAGCAUACGACCACUGAAAAGGUUCUCACAGACGAGAUUGCUGGGAUUAUCAUGCAGUACGAAGUGGAAGAACAGGAAUUCAACAUGGGCGCCAAGAAUUACUGCUAUAUUUAGAAGAAGUCAACGCCAAAGGCCGACCGAACUGCUGCUGCAUAACUAAUGUUUUUGAGAAAAAUGUUGGAUCUUUAAUUAAAGCUAGUUAAAUAAAGUUCGUAAUGAUGACGCUUUCA